GAGCUGGAUUCUUUGAGCUGUGCUGCUGUAGCUAGGCACGAGUUGACUGUUGCGCUGUGGUCCUCUCUCUCUGUCUCCUCUUUCUCACCGCAGCAGACCAGCACAGUGCACACAGCAAACCAGCACCACAGCAGCAGCAGCAGCAGAGAAGAAAAAUUUUGAAGGGCACAAGACACAAAACAAGAGCCAGGCACACAGCUGGCACCAUACAGGAGCAAGCAACAACAGGCCUGUCUACUCUACCACUCUACCUCCAUCCACACUCUCAUCUAGCUCGCAUCUUCCCUUCAAUCAUACACAACCAACGCCAAAGCGAUGAGAAAGUCAACGUCUCGCGAAGAAGCGAAUGCACCCACAGCCUCGCGUCUCAAUGGCGGCGGCUCCUACAGCUCCAUCGUCGCUUCCCUCAACGGGCCGCAUGGCAAUGAAGCAGCAACAGGCGCGCGCAUCCAAGGAGAGGGCCAUAAUCCUUUUGGGUAUGGUAAGGAAGAGAUGCUGCAAGUGUACAGUAAUCUAGCAAGUGACGGGCACAAGCAAGGCUUGAAUCAUGCGCCGCUCGACUAUGAACCUGUCGGUGGUAUUACAGCUUCGGGGCUUGUACAGCCAGUCACUUUGACAGAAAUGUCUGCUGAGGAAAAGGCAUUGCUUGCUGGCAACAUCAACAGCGAUCAAAAACACAGGCGAACACAGCCAGACGACACGCAUUCGCGACUCAAUGGACGCAGGACAAUGGGUGAUGCUGGAAGGCACGAUUUGUCCUCACGCACUGGUGACAGUCGCAAGUCGACUGAUUGGGCAACGGACGACAAGGCUGCUAAAACGGAUGCAUUCGAGGACUCCUCGACCUUCCCAGCUCCCAUCGCCGGUGGUAGGACUGGCAAGUUUGCUGCGAUGGGCUUGUUUGAUACCGGCGCAAACGGCAAAUUGCAGCAGCAGGGUACCGUUGAGUCGAGCAGCAACAAGUGGGCCGAUGACAAGGACGACGAUGUGCUCAAGGAAGCGAUGGGCUAUGGUGAUGCUGGAUCACAUGAAGUGGAUCGUUUGGGCAGCUUGUAUGCAAAGCAGUCACUCAUGGACUCACACACCUCACGCCAGUCUUCGCAUCUGCAAACAUCGCAGCAACCUGCGCAACAAUCGCGUUUUGCUCAGCAGCUCUACAAUCCUUUGAAUAAUGGCUUGCCAGACUUGUUUAGCAACAAGCAAGUUGGUCAGACGCCGAGCUUGUAUGGUCAGCAGCAACAGCAGCACCAGCAAGUCGAUGCGAGUCGUUACGGUGCCUCCGGUACUCCAAGCCCUGGCUUAGCCGUGCGACAGGAUCCACCCAUGACAACGCGCGUGAUGGUGAUGCCGGACAAGCUCAAAUGGCAGUACCGUGACCCAACCGGUCAGAAUCAAGGUCCCUUCUCUGGUCUUGAGAUGCACGAUUGGUACAAAGCCGGCUUCUUCCAGCCAAACUUGCUUGUUAAGCGACAGGAAGAUGAAGAGUUUGAGCCCUUGUCCAUCUUGGUUCGUCGCAUUGGUAACCAACGUGAACCAUUCUUGGUCCCAUUGCCAUCUCGUGUUCCAACCUCGGUUGUGCAGACACGGCCUGGUACUGCAGAUGGUACGAAGGAUACUUGGCCCAACGGUGGCAGUCAUGCUUGGUCCAGCAAUGGCGCAGGCGGUGGUGCUUCCGCUCAAGCGGGCGGUGCCUCUCAACCACCCUUCCCAUCUUCCUUCCCUUCUUUUGGGACCACCUUGACGGCUGAGCAGCAGAAUGCACUUGAACGACGCAAGCAGGAAGAACAGUACCUCAUGCACAGGCAGCGCGAAUUCCUCCAGCAGCAGCAAUUGGCUCAGCAGAUGGCCGCACAGCGAUAUAUGCACGGUCAGCAUCCUGGUGCAUACAAUGCACCUGGUCAAGCUGCAGGAUAUGCCGGUGCGAUGGGUAUCGGUCGUCAUGGAUCACCUUUUAGCAAUGGCAGUGAUCGCCCCGUUCCUAUGGCUUAUGAUACAAGUGGUGGCGGUACGCCGGGUCUCGGCUCCUGGCAACACAACGCAACUCUUUCUUCUGCAGCAACAGCCGCAUUGGCUGGUGGCGUCCCCCUGCAUGGUACACAGCAGCGUGGGUUUGCGGAUUUUGGGGUAGGCAUCUUCGAUACCCCUAGAUCGGAGGUGGCCGAUUCUUUUAGCCAGGGACAGAGUGUGAGUGCAAGUGCUAGUGCCAGGGAGGAACGUCAGUCUUCACUGACAUCGUUGGACGGCGUGCAACAGAGGGAGGAACAAGGACGCGGUUUGCCUGAGCGUGAGCAAGACAAGCCCAAUGUCUCACAGCAGCAAGCCCAAGAAGUGACAAGGAAAAUCAGCUUACAGCAGGUUCAAGAGGAGGAACGUCAAGAGGCUCUGCUUCAGCAGCAGCAGCAGCAGCAGCAGCAGCAACAACAACAACAGCAACAGCAGCAGCAGCAGCAGCAGCAGCAAUUGAGGGACUUCGAAGCUACUCAAGAAGACUCAUCAACGGCUGUACCUCAAUCUGAGCCAGCAGCACUCUUGACACCUUCUGCUUCUGCAGCACCAGCACCCUGGGCGCAAGCACAGCGUGAACCAGCCAAAUCGCUUUCACUCAAGGAGAUCCAAGAACGCGAAGCAGCACGCGCUGCUGUGCUUCGGGAGCAGGAACGUAAAGCGCAGUUGGAGGUGCAAGCACAAGCAAUGCUUCAAUCUCAAGUCCAACAUGCAAGCAACACGGCACCACUCAACCUCAACUGGGCCGAGCAGGCACCAGCGUCUGCCACAACGAUGCAAAAUGGUUUGCCGUGGAAGGCUGCCUCGACGCCCGGCAAGAAGACACUGGCGCAGAUCCAACAAGAGGAGGAGGCUGCGCGACAGCGACAAACUGCACAGCUUGCUCAGCAACAUCAGCAGUUGGCACAAGCAGGGCUCGGUCAUAUCAAGCUUGGCUCGCGUUAUGCAGAAACGGCUAGUAAGCAAGCGGCACCUGGUGCUGCAGUCACAGCAGCCGUUCAAGGUGGACCUGCUUGGUCGACUGUUGGUACCGGUGGCAAAGUCAGUGCUCCUGCACCACGCCCUAUCGACACACGGGUUCAAGCAGCGCCUGCCACCAUGUCAGCCCCUGCCAGGGCCACGUCGGAAGAGGUCAGCAAGAAGCAAGCACCCACUCAGCCUGCAGACCCGAAUGCCAUUUCCCCAGAAUUUUUUAAAUGGGCUCAGACGGCACUUGUGCGUGGUCUCAACCCUGGUGUUCAAUUUGAGGAGCUCUUGCAGCUGUUGCUCUCGUUUGGUACUGAUACUGGCAAGACGACGCAAGAAAUCAUCAGUGACAGCAUCUAUGCACACUCAGCGACUCUGGAUGGUCGUCGUUUCGCUGAAGAGUUUUGCAAACGGCGCAGACAAGAAUUGCGCAAUAAUGGCGCCAAGGCUUCUGUGCAAGAGUUGAGCAAGACGAUGGGAUCUGGUGCGUCUGCCAAGACUCCUCAGAGUGCUGCCGGUUCGUCUGCAGGCGGCUGGAAUGAUGUCGUUAAACGACAGAAGGACAGCGCCUCUGCUACUACUGAGACGGAUGGCUGGAAUGCCGCCGUCAAAGUCCAGGGUUCCAAGAAGAAGGCUGCUGCCAAGCGCCACUAAGCACUCUUCACUCUACAUCUGACAUUGCAUGCUCCAGCCCGAGCCUUCUGCGGUUGGAUUUUCUGUUUCAAGGUCGUUUAAGCAUCGUCUCGCUCCUUUUAUGAAAAAGUCAUCUUUCAAGGCAACUGCGCGUCCUUUCCCCGUCAUCUCAUAGUACACGUUUCUUUCCAAGCCUAUUACAGCCAAAUUGUCCUUCCUCUUCCUAUCUAAUUGAGCCUGUUCCGGGCCAUCCCACGUCUUCUUCCUCGUUUGGCCGAAGAAAUUCAACAAAUCUUGAGGCGACGGGAAAGGGCCCCCAUCAACGACACAAAGACAAAACAGCUCAAGGAUGUUGCGCCUGCCUAUUCGCACUGCA